UCUCCAGAAGCACUUUGUAGCGGUGCUCUUGUGAGAGGGCCCUUGGCACUCUGCCUGGCUCCUUCCACAGGGUGUGGGAUCUAAGGCUCUGGAUGUUCUGCUGAGCUAUGUGUGUUCUGCUGUGUUUCAGGUGUUCUGGGUAUCAGAAAGCUGGCAAGUCAGUGUAGUUGUGGCCUUAGGAACUGUUUCCCAUGCAGCUGACCUGCCCAGUCAGUCCUAUCCAAGUCCCAGAGAGAUCUGCGCUGCGUGCAGAUUGUUUUGCUUCCAACCACUACCCAUGACAGCCUUUAAAAAACGAGCUGCUUCUCCGAAUAUCAAAACAACAGGAAAAUAUUAACUCAGGCAUCACUGGAACAGCUGAUGCCUGCUGGACAAGGCUGGGAAGACAGAAGCACCGCAUUUGGAAGGAAGGCAGAUGCCUGCUAGGAUGGCCCUGGCCAGUUCAUUUUCCAGCAAGCCAGUACCGCCAGGUUCCAGAGGAGUUUCUACAGCAGGGGCAGAAGUGCACCAGAGCAAGCUGGACUUUUUCUGCAAGCUAGGCUAUGGUAAGCAGGACAUCUGCAAAGUGCUGGAGAACCUGGGCCAGGAGGCCCUGGAGGAUGAUGUGCUCAAAGAGCUGAUACGGAUGGGGAGCAAACCUCAAGCUCUGGAGAGCCAGGCUCAGCCUCCCCCGCUAAAACUUGUCGCCCGUGGGUCGUGCAGCACUUCACCAGUGCCAAAGUGGCUUGGAGAAGAGGAAGGUGAUUCCUCCAGUCACUUGAGAGCCAUUGUGAUUGAUGGCAGCAAUGUUGCAAUGAGCCAUGGAAACAAAGAGGUCUUCUCCUGCUGGGGGAUCCGCCUGGCAGUGGACUGGUUCCGAGAAAGGGGGCACACCUACAUCAAGGUUUUUGUCCCUCUCUGGAGGAAGGAGCCCUCUCGACAAGACAGUCCUAUUGCAGAUCAGCACAUUCUUGAAGAGCUUGAAAAGCAAUCAAUCCUUGUGUAUACCCCAUCUCGGAAGGUGAAAGGCAAGAGGGUAGUUUGCUACGAUGAUCGCUAUAUUGUGAAGGUUGCUUAUGAAAAAGACGGGGUCAUUGUUUCUAAUGACCAUUACCGAGAUCUCCAGAAUGAAAAUCCUGAGUGGAAAUGGUUUAUAGAGCAGCGACUGCUCAUGUACUCUUUUGUCAGUAAUAGGUUUAUGCCUCCCGAUGAUCCGCUAGGCCGGCAUGGACCUACUCUUAAUACUUUCCUCAGCAAAAAGCCGGCGCUUCCUGAAUCUACAUGGCAACCUUGUCCCUACGGUAAAAAAUGCACUUACGGUAACAAAUGCAAGUUUUACCAUCCGGAGAGGCUGCAUCAAGCUCAGCUGUCAGUUGCUGAUGAGCUCAGAGCCAGAACAAAAGUGCCCAUAAGCCUGGGGAAGGAGAAGGAGAUGUGCAACUGCUCUCCAUAUCGGACUGGAAGACAGCCUAUGCCUCACGACACUGUCACAGAAACUCUGCAGGGAGCCAGCAGGGGCAUGAGGGCCUCUGGCUAUGCAGCAUGGUCCCCAGGCAGCUACCACACACGGCCGGUCGAGGCCUGGGCCAUCAGCUCCAACCGUGGCCUGGAGCUGGACCAGAAACCACCAGAAGCCCUGAGAGACCGACCCCUGGUGGCAGAGAUGGCAGCACUCUCCAUCAGUGACAAGGCGUACUCUGGAACCAGACCAGUGUGCACCUCGCAGGACAGAGAGGUGUCUGACAGCCCUCAUCGCUGUUGCAGCCUGAGGCACAACCCAUUCCUGCUGCACCACCACCACCGCUCGGACUGCACCUGCUUACCAGGGAGCCCUUUCCAGCACUCGGUGCUCCCGCCCACUCGAGGCAGGCACCUGGAGCACCGCUGGCCCCAGGAGUGCUGGUCUGAUGGGGCCCAACCUGGCCCAGCCCUGGAGGCACAGCAGCACCUCCCACUGCCCUCUGUGAUGCCCCUGGCUGAGCCACUGCAAGAGUACAGAGAGCGGCCCCAGCGCUGUUUCCCCAGCCAGCCCUUUCUGCUGAAUGAUGGCAGCAGGCUUGACUUCUUCCAGAAAGCCUGUGCUCAGCCCACUGCUGCUUACUGUGGCUACUGGCCACCCCAUGCUGCAAGACCUCCUUCUGCCCAGCAAGCCAGUGCCCACAGGGAGCUGUGCGCUAUUUUCCCCUGUGCCGAAGUGAAUCAAGUGAUGGCACCGCAUCCUGAGAUUAAGGAUAUCUAUCACUAGCUUGACAUUGCUGAUCCGAAGACAUAGAAACUUCUGAUGCCUCCAGGUUAAACCUUUCCCACCAAGUGCAGAGCUGCUAUUCUCAGGUUUAUCUAAGUAAGUAAGUGUUAUUAAAGGGCUUUUUGAGCUGAGUUACAGUUGUUCAAGUAGCAUACAUCUAAGCAUCAAUCAUCUGUGGUGCAUGGGCAUUAUGUCAAGGCAACCACUGUGGUUCACAGCAUUAGGAUCUUGUCUACUUCACUUGGGAGUGAGUAGGAGGGCUUGGGUUAAAUAACUGAGCUGCCAGCAUGUGAAUUCCACAUGUUUUUAAUGUCCAAAUGUACUGUUUAAAUACCACCAAAGAGGCAUUCUCCAUGGGUUCCUCCUAUGACUUAUCAUGACUAGCCUGCUCGGCUAGCAGAAAAAGUAAUUUGGCAUAUUUCCCCUAACACUGGGCUGUACUCUCUGCUAGAAGGUGACUUUGGGCCCGUGUAAUUACCUGAUGGCUUUAAUCACAAAGCAACCACGUCCUAGACCUUUAAAAGCUGCAACUAGUGUUUAUGAAGUAAUGCUGUGAACCCAUCAGAUUACUAGUAGAGGUAGCAGAGAGAGACCCCAGAGCACUUGGAAACAAUUGCAGGUACGUUUCUCAGGGCUCAUGCAUUUUAUAAGUCAAGUAAGGGAAGUCCUCUGUAACACAAGUCCUUUUGUGGACUGAAGGCUCAGAACUGUUCUUAUUUGAGUUAACAGAGCUGAUAGCAAAGGAAAAUAAUAACAAUAGUAGCUUCGAACUGCUUCUGUCCUAGUAAACAAGAAAAAAUAUUGUUGAAUUAACCCUUAAUUACCAAAUGUGGUCCCAUAAUGCCACUAUACAGAUGAUUUAUGAAGAUUUAAACUCUCUUCUGCUGGGACGUUUGUUUAUUUUCAGUAAGCUGUAAAGCUGUUAGUCUUUGUGUUAUCCCACUGAACUUGCAAGUCAAAAUUCAAGUGUUAAGGUUGAUCCUGAAAGUUUUUGGCGUUUUACCAAAGUUUAAGUAUGUCAGUAUGACACAUUUUAAGAAUUAUUUAGCACAUUAUAAAAUGAUCACCUGGAACACUUUGCUCUGAAUGUUUUUUAUAUUUUUAUUCUAUUCCUUUUAGCACUGAUGGAUAAUUAGGUCCAACAUUCAGGUGGCCUUUACGAAAUCUCAGACCCAUCAGAGAACCUCUAUUGGGUUCUUCUCAGAAGUAACGUCAGGCAAGAAUUAAACCUAGCUCUCACUGAAUGCUCUUGGUUUGGAAAGGUGACCAAGCAGAAGUAAUUUACCUUUAGUGUCACUAUCACAUGAUGCGUUUUUGUAUUUGUAUGAAGACUCUUCAGGAAAUAAACUGUAUCAGCUGAA